CUCUGGACCUCAGGCUUAAGCCAGCAGGGCUAUCCAUCCAGACACCUUGCAGCAGAGAUUCCCAGGAGAAAGCUCACCCAGUCUCUACAUCCAUGUUUCUCUGUACAAGUUGCUACAGUUGUGGUCCCAAGAUGCCAGCUCUCCAGCUGCUGGUUUUGGCUUGGCUGGUGUGGGGAAUGGAGGCCAGGACAGCACAGUUCCGAAAGGCCAACGAUCGGAGUGGCCGAUGCCAGUACACCUUCACUGUGGCUAGCCCCAAUGAAUCCAGCUGCCCCCGGGAGGAUCUAGCCAUGGCAGCCAUCCAAGACCUUCAGAGAGACAGCAGCAGCCAGCACGCAGACCUACAGUCCACCAAAGCUCGGCUCAGCUCCCUGGAGAGUCUCCUCCACCAACUGACCUUGGGCCAGGCUGCUGGGACCCAGAAGGCCCAGGAGGGGCUGCAGAGCCAGUUAGGUGCCCUGAAGAGGGAACGGGACCAACUGGAAACUCAAACCAGGGAGCUGGAGGUGGCCUACAACAACCUCCUGCGAGACAAGUCAGCUCUAGAGGAAGGGAAGAGGCAACUGGAACAAGAGAAUGAAGAUCUGGCCAGGAGGUUGGAAGGCAGCAGCCAGGAGGUCGCAAUGCUGAGGAGAGGCCAGUGUCCCUCCAUCCAGCACUCCUCGCAGGGCAUGCUGCCAGGCUCCAGGGAAGUCUCUCAGUGGAAUCUGGACACGAUGGCCUUCCAGGAACUGAAGUCGGAGUUAACGGAGGUUCCUGCUUCCCAAAUCUUGAAAGAGAAUCCAUCUGGCCAGCCCGGGAGCAAAGAGGUAGACAACGGAUGUGGAGCACUCGUCUGGGUAGGAGAGCCAGUCACUCUGAGGACUGCUGAAACAAUCACUGGCAAGUACGGAGUAUGGAUGAGAGACCCCCAACCCACCCACCCCUACACCCAGGAGACCACAUGGAGGAUUGACACGGUCGGCACAGGCAUCCGCCAGGUGUUUGAGUACAGUCAGAUAAGCCAGUUCGAGCAGGGCUACCCUUCAAAGGUUUAUGUGCUCCCCAGGGCGCUGGAAAGCACGGGCGCUGUCGUGUAUGCGGGGAGCCUCUAUUUCCAGGAGGCUGAGUCCAGAACCGUGCUCAGGUAUGAGCUGAACACUGAGACGGUAAAGGCGGAGAAGGAAAUUCCCGGAGCCGGCUACCACGGACAGUUUCCGUAUGCUUGGGGCGGCUACACAGACAUUGACUUAGCUGUGGAUGAAAGCGGCCUCUGGGUCAUCUACAGCACGGAAGAGGCCAAAGGAGCCAUAGUCCUCUCCAAACUGAACCCAGAGAGCCUGGGACUUGAGCGUACCUGGGAGACCAACAUCCGUAAGCAGUCCGUGGCCAACGCCUUUGUUAUCUGUGGCACCCUGUACACCGUCAGCAGCUACUCUUCAGCCCGCGCAACUGUCAACUUCGCCUAUGACACUGGCACCGGGGUCAGCAAGACCCUGGCCAUCCCAUUCAAGAACCGCUACAAGUACAGCAGCAUGGUUGACUACAACCCCCGGGAGAGGAAGCUCUUUGCCUGGGACAACUUCAACAUGGUCACCUAUGAUAUCAAGCUCUCUGAGAUGUGAAGAGCC